UGUUUUUAUUUACCUUUUUAUUGAAGUGGUGGGUGAUUAUUUGUUAUCACUGUUUUCUCACAAGUUUCACCACAAAAUUUGAGGGCAAAAUCCACAUCUGGAUCUGAAGCACUAGAGAAUUUGCUUAAUCAUUGUAUCAUCGCGAUAGAGGGAUAAUAUUACAGUGAAAAAUGUCUGUGAUUAAAGUGGAAAAUAGGGGAAGAUUGAGGAUUAUUAUAAUUGACAACAUUAGAAAGCGUAAUGCUCUUAAUCGUCAGGGGUAUAUGGAUCUGACCAAGGCUCUUAGAGAUGCUGAUGCUGAUGACAGUGUAUCUGUAAUUGCUGUGACCGGCGUUGGGGAUUUCUAUAGCUCCGGCAAUGAUCUAGUAUCUGCAAUGUCGGGAGAAUAUACACCGGAAAGGGCAAUGGAAAUCCUCAGAGAUCUCAUUCGGGCCUUUUUUACCCUACGGAAGAUCCUCAUAGCUGUGGUUAAUGGCCCAGCAAUUGGUAUAGCAGCCACAACAGCAGCCCUUUGCGAUGUCAUCUACGCAGAAAAAGAUGCUUACUUCUAUACGCCUUUCACUUCCCUAGGUCUCUGUGCUGAGGGCUGUUCAUCGCUCACAUUUCCCAGAAUCUUGGGAAAGAGUAAAGCCAGUGAGAUGCUGUUGCUUAAUCACAAAAUGAGCGCCCAGGAAGCGCUUCAAUUUAAUUUAGUGUCAGAGCUCUUCUCUAGGAAUGAGCUUGAGAGCAAAAUCUGGCCAAAGUUAGAGGCUUUUGCCAAAUUGCCAUAUAAUUCCUUGAUUGCCACAAAGAGGCUAAUGAAGAAAUUUGAGCAGGAGGAGCUAGAAGCUGCCAAUAGAGAAGAGAUCAUAACGCUGAUGGAGAGAGCUCAAUCUGAGGAAAGCUUUCAGGCAGCAAUGGAAUUUCUGCAGAGGAAGAAAAAGUCAAAUCUUUGAAUUUUUAAUUAGAGGGACAAUUUAUUGGUGCUUGGCAUUUUUCAGAAUUUUGCUUUCAAGUUGAAAAAUGAAUAAAAUCUCUAUAAUGUGUGAA